AUGGAAUUCAAUUGCAUUAUUGAAAGGGAAUCGUUUUAAUUAAAUGUAACAGGAAAAUCUAUGAUAAUUUCCAACAAAUCCAUCUAGUACAGGUUUGAUCUUUCUUUGAGAGUUGUGAUAACCUGGUUAUUUCGUGAAAGUGAAAUAAGUGGGUUUCUAUUCGAAAAUCUUGUGGUGGAAGGUGAUGGAUUAAAUAUGAAAAAACUUAAAUAAUUUCUGGGUGGUAAAAUAACAUUUUCAGGGAUUUAAAUCUUCUACUCCUUUCUUGGAGAGAUUAAUGUCAAUAAAAAUAAGGUCACUAAAGUUUGUACCCUCAUGAAUAGAUAGACAAAAUUAAAAUUUUCAUGUAAAUGCUUUAAGAAAAGUGCAACAGGAAUUGAGAAAAUUCACAAAGAAAUCGAAAUUCUUUAAAAAGCAUCUAAAAAUGGAUUGGCCCCUAAAAUUUAUGAAUGUUUUGAAUCAACUAACUGCGUUUAUGUCAUUAUGGAAAAUUUAGAAAGAAUAAAAGAUUUUGAAUUUAUAGAUGAUGAUAUAAGAAACUUGAUUUAAACUAUCGCAUCUCUUCAUAAGGAAAAUAUUGCUCAUAAGAGUAUAAAGAUGUCACACAUUUUGUUCACUGAAGAAAAUAAGUUAAAAUUGGUUGGAUUUGGUCAGGCUAACAACACUAAUAUUAAAAAUAAUGAGUUUAGACUGGAUAUUUUUAAAAUAGGAAUUAUUAUGUAUAAAUUCUACUAAAAAUAGAAUUUUCAGGUUGAUCAGUCUCUUGUUAUUCCAGAUGAGGGAAAUUCACUUUUAUAAUCACUCUUAGAGUGGGGAAAUGACGAACCUUUUUAAUUGAACUUGUUAUUGAGCCACCCUUACUUUAAAUUUUUGAAAAAUGAAGGGAUUCCUCUAUGUAUUAGUAUUUAUUUUAUUUUAGAAAUUCAAUGUAUGAGUCCUAAAUUCAAAACUCAAGUGUAUUAAGAUGAAAAUGAAGAAUUAAUUUUGUGA